AUGGCGCAAGGUACCGCGCCCUCCGCGGCCGGCGGAGGCGGCGGGGGUGUUUUCUCCACCCCGGUGGCGGUCGCGACGACUCCCCCAGGCACCCCCCGCGCGGCGGCGGCGGCGCAGCCGGUCCCCUCCGGGCACUACGCGGUAGAGCUCUACUUCGAUCCCGCGCUGGAGAACCAGGUGCUCAAGGCGUGGAACGCUCUCGCGCGGCGGCAGCUCAGCAGCCGCCUCAUCGACACCGCGUCCCGCCCGCACCUCCCGCUGCUGCAUCUCCCGGCCGCCGCGCUCCCCGACCCGCUCCGCCUCGCGCCCGCCCUCCGCGCGCUCGCCUCCCGCAUCGACCCGCUCCCUCUCGCGCUCUCCUCGCUCGCGUCGCCCCCGUCAUCCCUUGAUGCGGGGGUCCUCUUCCUUUCGCCCACGCCAUCGGCGGCGCUGCUCGGCCUCCACGCGCAGCUCUGCGAGCUGCUGCGCAAGGACACGGGGCUCGAGGUGCCCGACGGGUUCCGCCCAGACAACUGGGUCCCGCGGUGCGCCGUCGCCGUCGAUGUGCCACGUGGCCGUAUGGCCGAGGCCUUCUGCGUGCUCCGUGAGCUCAAGCUUCUGCCUGUCUCCGGGUAUGGUAUGGACAUUGCGCUGGUAGAAGUCGGGCCGGUGGUCAGAGAGGUCGUAUCGUACCCGCUUGGUGGCAGCGGCGGCGUUGGAGCCGAUUGA